UACGCGUGGCGGGGAGACGGCCAGAUAGGAGACGGACGCGCUGCUGAGAGUGCAUGUUUCAGUUUACAUUGUUACAACGGUAGAAAACGUGGAGGAGCGCGAAACGAACGGACCUUGCGUCAAAUACGUAGAGUGUGCUGUGCAAUUGAACGAGGUGACGAAAUGUUCGUAACAUUAUGGGAUAUAGAACAUGAGUGAACGUUUAAGUCAUUCGUGUACGUAAAGGCACGGUGAUCCUAUGCAAGGCUCGGACAUUCGCGAUACCCAGCAACGAGGCUGGAAGUGCGCGCGGGAUACGACGUAUGUCGUGUAAUUGCCUGUGAAAGUCGAAUUCGAAGUAUGGUGAAUAUGGAGAGUUCAGGCGAGCAGCACACCGUGACAGCUUCGCCGCCGCCACGGGCUGCCCUGAAGAGCAACUUCAGUAUCCGCAGCAUCUUACCUGAAGCUUGCGGCGGGACACCCGCGCCGUCGGUCAGCCAUUCGGAUUCUUCCGAUGCCGGUCACGUUGACGACAGCGACAGCGAUCUCGAUGUCACCGGUAAUGGCAUGGAAACGCCGCCUUUGGAUUGCUCCACGAAUGCAACGUCCGUCAGUCCGACGAGCCAAAAAGACUCCAAGGAGCAGCCGGAGGACAAGAAGAAGGCGGAGAAACCACCGUACAGUUAUAACGCGUUAAUCAUGAUGGCCAUUCGGCAAAGCCCCGAUAAACGGCUUACCUUGAACGGCAUCUACGAAUACAUAAUGCGUCACUUUCCCUAUUACGAGAAUAACAAGCAGGGCUGGCAGAAUUCCAUUCGACAUAAUUUGUCGCUCAACAAAUGUUUCGUCAAAGUGCCUCGUCAUUACGACGAUCCGGGCAAGGGUAACUAUUGGAUGCUGGAUCCGAGUUCCGAGGAUGUGUUUAUCGGGGGUACCACAGGAAAACUUCGACGCAGGACUACGGCAGCCUCCAGGUCUCGGCUAGCAGCCUUCAAGAGGAGCGUAGUGCUCGGCGGACUUUACCCACAUUAUCCGCCACCAGGCUGGCCAGCAUCGCUCUACACCUUACCGUGUCUCCAUCGCGCCGUUUCAUAUCCCGUGACCACUUCUUAUACAACUCCGGCCGGAUAUCCGGCCAGUCUGUUGCCUGGAGCGGCAACCACAUCGGCUACAGGCUUGCCUUGUAAGCCGCAGCCUCUUCCAGCGACGGCGGCACCUCCGGCGGCUCACGGAGCGUUCUCUGUGGAAAGGCUACUGCAGGCACCUACUAAUUAUCCUCCCGGUAUCGCGACGUCCGGAAUCCCGCCACCAGGGCAUCCUUAUCAGGACUUUUAUACCACUUUAAGGUCUAUCGCGGCGCAUCAGCAACAUCAGGCAGCGGUGUUCAAUCAACAACCUAGGUAUCAUCUCAGUCAAGCGCCAGUUUUAAGUCAGCCUGCCUCUAGCACGGCUUCGCCCGGAAGUAGUCCGGAGCCGAUGGAUCCGCAUUCGCCACCGGUUACCAUCUGUAACUCUGUCCAGCCGCCGAGACCGCUUCCUCACAAUCCGCCGCAGCUUCUUCUAAAGCCCAUCACGGUCCUCACAGGCCGACAAAGCUGAAUCGCAAUUCAAGAUUUCUUUAGAAACGACCAAUGCCCUCAAAAGUGCAGCACGGUUUCGCUUUGCAUGUAAAAUUACGUUCAUCGAGUCAAAUUUCCAUAAUAUUCUAUGUAUAGCCAAAGAAAAACUUCCUAAAAAUUUAGCUGGACUAAAUUUAUCUUUUCGAGAUUUCUUUAAUUUAUUUUUAUAUUAUUGACAAUGCGAUUUUAGCAGCUGAGAUGGAGCAUGCCACUUAUCGAGAGAAAUUGACCGAUAUUAGGUAGCUAAGGAGACGCAAUAAGAUCAAAUCUUUAUUGACGAUUCCAAUAAUUCUGAUAAGAAUAUAAUUAAUAAUCUGUAUAUUCAAUAUACAUAUAUAAUUAAUUACGGUCAAUUUGUACUUUACUCGUUCCUAUAUUUGUAUAUCUCUUAUAUUCUAUGCACUGCACUCACUUUUCUUGUAAAUAUAUCGUUAAAUAUCUACACGCAUCACACAACGUUCAUUUACAAACGAUAUUGAUGGCGAAAUUUUAUCAAAAUACCUGACAUUUUUUUGUCUCAUUAUAAAUCUUACAGUGAUCGCUUUCAUAUAGGACAAUAGUAUAAAGAAAAAAUGCUGUAAAUAGUUACGUAGAUAGAAUUUUAACUUAUGAUCUCUCAUUGACGGACUGUAUCUAUGUACAGUAACGCGCGAUUAAUCGAUAAUUGUAUAUAGUCAAAUUUAUAGAUAGUCAUUCGUGGCUUCUUAUUACAAGGUGUAUAUGUACAUAGAUAGAAAAUUGUUGCUAAAGAUAUUAUGAAUAUUAUAUAUGUAUAUAGAGAACUGGCCGGCGGUAAAAAUAAAUGCGUGCGAGAGAUAUUAUGUAUGAUACCAUCAAAAUAAAUGUCGAAGACUUUUUUAAAAAUUUU